CCAAACCAACACUAGCCAUUCAUACAGCCACGCUCCUUUCACUCUAUUCCGUACACCUUCCCUCCUCUCAUUGGUUGCUUUUUAGAUGGCCGGAGUUCUCGAAACCCUCGCCGUUCCUCGUGCCUCCGCUUUCCCGUCGGCUUCCUUAUCUCCGAUCGUUUCUUCUCCAGUCUCUCAACUCUCACUUCGCAGGAACUUUCUGCCGGAAUCAAGAGCCUUAAAGUUAAACAUCCAUUCCUUUCGCUCUUCUGGAUCCGUCAAAUUGAGGUCGAAGUUCGGCCGUCGUGGUGCACGAGUCGUCUGUGAAGCUCAAGAAACAGCUGUUCAAGUACUUCCUGUAACCGAUGACACAUGGCAAUCACUUGUCCUUGACUCUAGUCUUCCCGUAUUGGUCGAGUUUUGGGCUCCAUGGUGUGGGCCCUGCCGCAUGAUCCACCCUGUCAUCGAUGAACUUGCAAAAGAAUACAAGGGCAAGCUCACUUGUUAUAAGGUGAACACCGAUGAGAGCCCGUCAAUUGCUACCAAAUAUGGAAUAAGAAGCAUCCCUACUGUCAUGGUGUUCAAAGGUGGAGAGAAGAAAGAUGCAGUUAUUGGUGCAGUUCCCAAAUCAACUCUGUGUACCUGCAUCGAGAAGUUCUGUUAGAGGUACACUGUAUAUACUACUAGAUUUGCGCCAAUUUAGUUUUUCGAUCUUAUUUGUUUCAUCGUUGUUUAGCCUAUGAUCAUAUCACAAGUACAGAUACUGCAGAUGGCACAAUAAAUUUGAUAUCCACCUGUAUAGUUGGAUUCUGAUAUAUUUGCUGCAGUGCUUCUGGUUCCCACUC